AUGCAACAGCCACCCCCAGAUCAAUCCCCCACCAGCACCCCCACAUGGACGCAGUUGAGUCAGAUGUAUCCUCCGAGGACGGCAGCCAGGGGUCUAACCAUGCCGUCCGAUGGCCACUUGCACACAAUUCCAGUGGCGAGAACGAAGGCAUCGAUUCUGAUUCCGAAACCGACCAAGGUUGUGACGCAGGACCAGAGCGCCAGCUACAGCCUGGCGACCUGCUUGGCGAUGCCAUUGCAUUCACCGAACGGUCGGGAUCUCUACCGCGCUACGCUCUACUGCAACUGGAAUACCCCUGCGGACAAAUCUAACAAGUCCGUGUCAACCUACCGACGUCGCAUGGAAUCGUCCUCUGAAGUCGCGACUGAGGCCAAAAUUCAUAUGUGA